AGUCCCUCACUCCCUCUCUCUCUCUCUCAUCAAUCGCCCACUCCCUCUCUCUCUCUCUCCUCUCCUCCCCGUCAUUCACCUCUCCUCUCCUUCCUUCCCAUCUCCAAUACUUGAGUAGCGAUUGUGUUCAUCUUGAGACGAGCAACUUGACCGGCGGCUUCAUGCACGAGCUCCCAAGCGGCGUCGUUUUGGGCGGAGGUGUAACCGGCGGUGACGGAACUCUUGCUCGAAAACCCACUCCGGUUCGACCAGGGUCCGAACCCGGUAGCGUCGAUUGUGGCGACGUUGAGAACACCCAAGUCCGUAGGCUUCUUCAUCUUUAGAUCUAAGUCGUUAGUUGAACGAACUGAUGCUAGGUAAGAUUUUUCUCUUUGUAAUCAUCGAAUAUUAAGUUGGAAGAUUUAUCAGUUUGAAUGUGAAGGAAAGAAAGCGAAAUUGACAUGGAAGAAUCUCGAGAAAGACAAGCUUGUGGUCUCCACUUCCUGCUCACUUCUUCACACUACUGUUGAUCUUGUUAACGAGACUUAAAGCUUGAUGAUGAAAUCAAGUCAUGGCUUGCAUUUGCUACACAGAAAGUUGUUGAAGUUAACGCUUUGGCCAAGGCAUUGUCUGGUCAGAAGGAUGAGGCACGAGACUUGCUACCAAAUUGCUUUGGCCAUCAAGGAUGAGGUUGAGGAUCUUGAGAAGGCUGGUAUCAAUGUUAUCCAAAUUGACGAGGUUGCUUUGAGAGAAGGUUUGCCACUCAGGAAGUCUGAGCACGUUAGCUACUUGAAGUGGGCCGUCCACUCCUUCCGUAUCACCAAUGUUGGAGUCCAAGACCCAGAUUUUCCCAUUGCCCAGGAAUUUACACUAAUGAGCAAGUCGAAGCAAGGAAGAAAGUGGCUAAUGUUGUUCAUGCAAAGGGUGCAUUCAUCUUCUGUCAGUUGGUCGAGCCUCGCAUACAAAUUAACUAUUCACUCUAUAUAGUUAUAAAUUUUCAUGUUGUAUUAAGGACUAUUAUUUAUAUAGUAGCUUUUGACUCAUGUUAGGGAGUUGUAAAGUUGUAUCUUUGAUUUUAUAAUUAAUUAAAUUUUACAUUUAUUAUUAUUGAA